UGUGCGCACGCGCACAACGGUGCACACUUGCGCGCUGCAAAUCAGGCAGCAGCCGCGCGCGGGUUUAAUUGUGGAAAAGCUCUGCAGUCUUUUCAUGUUGCAUGAUGUCGGUGGUCCCUGAACCCGAUUUACCCACAAAUCUUGCGUGCCUUAAACCCGUCGAUGCCCUACUCCGCUGUCCUGUCUGUUUUGACUAUACGAAUAUUGCAAUGAUGACCAAGUGCUCUCAUAACUUUUGUUCUCUGUGCAUAAGGAAGUUCCUCUCAUACAAGCCGCAGUGUCCUGUGUGUAAUUCUACUGCAACAGAGUCAGAUCUGAGAAACAAUCGGAUUUUGGAUGAUCUGGUCAAAAGUUUCAAAGAUGCAAGGCAUAAAUUGACACAGACAACUUUUGAAUCCCCACCUAUUUCCCCGAAGACCCCCGUCUCUUCUGUAAGACGGAAUGCCAUGAAGCCAGGGCUCUCGAAAGUGGGCGGCACCAUUCUGAACCACUUUUUCCAAAAAAGAUCUCCCACCGGCUCAGAACAAUCAAGAACACCCAAAGUCCAAAAGGACAGCAGGCAGGGUCAGCAGAAUAGUGCAGCGUUGGUUAUGAGUGUGAAGGAGGAGCAGGUGGAGGUGUCUGCUGGGGGACCCAUGUCAAGCUCAGCCUUUCCCUCAAGUUCAGCCUCCCCUAACCAGAAACCUGCGGUCAAAGUGGAGUGUCCAGUGUGUAACGUGGGUGUUCCAGAACAGUUUAUUAAUAAACACUUGGACAGCUGUUUGAGCAGAGAUGAGAAGAAGGAGAGCUUGAGAAGUUCCAUCGUCAAGAGGAAGCCGUUGCCGAAGUUAGUAUACCACCUGCUGUCCAGUCAGGAGCUGAAGAAGAGGCUGCGAGAGCUGCACCUCUCUACCCAGGGCCCCCGGGUGCAGCUGGAGCGGAGGCACCAGGAGUUUGUGCACAUAUACAACUCCCAGUGUGACUCCCUGAGCCCACAGUCAGGUAACAGCCAGUGUCACCAUGCUGCAAGCAGACCAGUGUGCCUCAUCCAUUUUAAUAACUUACCAUUAAACAUUUGCCAUUAUCAUUUCACCAAGUGUUUUUUGUUGGUCAGAUCUGCUUUUCCUGCAUUUCUAAGCUGUAGAAAAACUGAGACAAAUUCCAAAAAUCAAGUUUUGGAAUCGUAUAUCAAUGUGGCCAGUGACGUCACUGUUAACGCCUUUGCUUGGCACGCUUUGUCAUAUGUGGCAAUGGUUUUUUCAAAAACUCAAACUGAAGAAGAAAUAGAAGAAAUCCAUGCAAAUUACCGUAAACAGCACAGUGCUGAAUUUUCCCGCCUGAUUUCCCAGGUUAAAGGUCGCUGGAAAUCAUCCAAGACAGCAAAGGUAAAAGAGGAGACGCAGGACGGAGAGGAAGCGAGAGGAGAGCAUUCCCCAGCUCUGAAUACAGAGUGUCUGAAUGACUUAGGGUCGUGCUCAUUGGUGACAGCAGAAGCUGCUGUGAUGUCAGAGGUCCCUCCCAGGUCCCCCAGUCCUGCCCUCAGCAGCAUCUCCAUCAGCAGCUCCAUUUCAGAUGUGUUCAGCCCAGAGCCAAAAAGAAAGCACGAGCAUAAAUUGACGCAGACAACUUUUGAAUCCCCACCUAUUUCCCCGAAGACCCCUGUCUCUUCUGUAAGAUGGAAUGCUAUGAAGCCAGGGCUCUCGAAAGUGGGCGGCACCAUUCUGAACCACUUUUUCGAAAAAAGAUCUCCCACUGGCUCAGAACAAUCAAGAACACCCAAAGUCCAAAAGGACAGCAGGCAGGGUCAGCAGAAUAGUGCAGCGUUGGUUAUGAGUGUGAAGAAGGAGCAGGUGGAGGUGUCUGCUGGGGGACCCGUGUCAAGCUCAGCCUUUUCCAUAAGUUCUGCCUCCCCUAACCAGAAACCUGUGGUCAAAGUGGAGUGUCCAGUGUGUAACGUGGGCGUUCCAGAACAGUAUAUUAAUAAACACUUGGACAGCUGUCUGACCAGAGAUGAGAAGAAGAAGAGCUUGAGAAGUUCCAUCGUCAAGAGGAAGCCGUUGCCGAAGUUAGUAUACCACCUGCUGUCCAGUCAGGAGCUGAAGAAGAGGCUGCGAGAGCUGCACCUCUCUACCCAGGGCCCCCGGGUGCAGCUGGAGCGGAGGCACCAGGAGUUUGUGCACAUAUACAACUCCCAGUGUGACUCCCUGAGCCCACAGUCAGUGGAAGACAUAGCGAAGGAAGUAGAGAGGGAUGAGAAGCUCAGGAAUCAACCGGAACUGAAACAGCCGCCUGUACGUUCUUAAAUAUUACUUACAGACCUGAGUGUCAUCUUUUGAAUUCUGUAUUUUGUUAUGAAUUUACAAUUACUCUAAUUGGCAAAAAUGAUAAAAAAAAAACACUUUUUAU